GAGAGGGAAAAGAGGGAGAACGAGAUGAAGAAGAAAUUCAAGAUCACAGGACAGGAGGAUGCCCUUUACCAGGCAAGAGUAGUUGUAACUGCAAAGGGACGAAAGACUGAUCUCCCCGUCAAAGCAGGAGACACGAUCAGCAUUAUUCGAACAGCAAACUGCCCCAAAGGAAAGUGGCUGGCCAGAGACAGCACCAACAGCUAUGGGUAUGUCGCCGUUGACCAUGUGGAACUGGACAUCAAGGAGAUGUUAGAGCUGGGAAGGAAAACUCAUCCCGGGUCAAACAAUAACUUUAUCGAACCAGACGGUGCCCGCAUGAUUUCACAUGACUCAAACCAUUAUCAAUUACCAGGAGAAAGCUUCACAGACGACAGUGAGGAGUGGAGCGGUGAUGAUGAUGAACCUCCCUCUGGUUCUCCAAGUACACAGGCUGUACUAGGUCAUACCCGGACAUUCUCCAUGCCAGAUGUGGGAAACAAAGACCUUAGCGUGAACCACCAGCACAGUCACAGUGACAUGGGUCAUGAUAGCUCCCACAACCAAGCACUUCAGAGGUUGUCCACAUUUUUCCAUUCACAAAAAAAUGUAGAGCCAGCUGCAAGCACCGAUGAACCAGUAAUGAGUUACACUGCAGGUUCUGUGAAUGCGGCACAAGAAGCAAAUCACACGCCUGAGGCUGUGUCAGCAGGAGAUACAGAUUUUGUUCCUGAUACACUCAUUUUACCUCCUCCUGUCAUGUAUGCCGAUGGAGUGGAGUGAAGCUGAACAGAAACUCCCCCAGGUGGAACUGCAUUUGUCUGCAGCAUUACCUGCUGGACUAUGAUCUUAUUUAUCCAAUGACUGCAUUCGUGAAGUAGAAUUACAUUUAACAACAAUGAGAAUUAUAUCAUCUGGGCAAACGGAAAUCUUUCUUCUGUUCUUUCAAAUGCUGCAAUGUGGAACCAGCAUGGGACAGUUGAUCUGCUUGCUUUAAGUGAUCACGGUGAACUGCGUUGCACAGACACACACAGUAUUUGUGGACAAUGUGAUCCUGGAAACUCUCGUAGGGACAAUGAACUGCUUUCUGUGCAAAAACCAGAAUGGAAAAUAUAUUUAAAGUGGAGGAAAUAAGGGAAAGAACAACGGAAUGGAAACAGCGGUUUUUCUUAUCAGAUGGAAGUGUGUGUAGCUAAGAAAUACUGGAAAAAGCUUCAUUUGUUUUAAGAUGCAUCCAUUAGAAACAAUUAACCAGCUGUAAGCAGCAAGUAAUGUGAGCUAAUACCAGUAAUAUUCCUGGUUUAUGUUUAUCUACAGUACUCCAGCAUUUAAAAACAUUGUUUGUAUUUUUUGCACAUAAGCUUUUGCUAAUUUGUAAUUUGUACACUCAUUAUUGUUUUCAGUGUCAACUGUGGUAUUUGGAAGGGACUAUGUGACUACUCAUGCUACAAUACAUAUGACCUUUGAGUUUGACUUCUUUUUCAUUGGACCCAAAUAACCAGCAUGCUGUGUAAUAUAAUAGGUAUAAAAUAUAGCAUUUGCUCUGUAUUGAUCAUAGCUGCAACUUCUAGAGGGAUAUCCAUCAACUGAAUUUUCUUUACUUUUUAUAGAGCUUUUACCUGCCUCUGACACUAACAGUUCCCUAUAAACAGAUGAAUAAGUAUU